AACUCCAAUUUCGGAAAUUAUACGAAGAUUUUGUUUUUAUAAGAGUAUAAUAAUUGCGCUCAAGUCGUCAAAUUCAUAUUUUGCGGUGGGUAUUGUAUAGAUUAUUAUUUAAGGAUUGGCUCGGUUCCGAUUUCAUCACCAUUUUCAUAUCUCAAAUGAUCUCUCUGUAACCCCUUGCUGUUAAUUUUUAUAGAACACACGUCCGCAUUACUUUCCCUUCAUAUUUGGUUUAAUAUAUUGAUAGUUGGAAACUAAAAACAAAAUGGGAAGGAUAUUCAUGAUCACUCUUGAAGGACGCAUUUAUAGCUGCAAGCAUUGCUUUACCCAUCUGGCUCUCCUUGACGACAUUAUUUCUAAGUCUUUCCACUGCGGGCAUGGAAAGGCUUAUCUCUUUGAUAAGGUUGUGAAUAUCACUGAAGGGGAGAAAGAAGAGCGCAUGAUGAUGACUGGACUGCACACUGUUGUUGAUAUAUUCUGUGUUGGGUGUGGCUCGAUUGUGGGAUGGAAAUACGAGGCUGCACAUGAGAAGGCUCAAAAGUACAAAGAGGGAAAAUUCAUUCUCGAGAGGUUUAAGGUGUUGGGUCCUGAUGGAGGCAAUUACUUGGCCAUUCAGGAAUCUCUGGUUGGUGGAAGUAGUGAUGCUGAUGAUGCUUGAUUGCCAUUUAAUCACUUGUUCUAGUUGUACAUAUCUCUGCUUCUCCUGCGCUUGUUGAACUUUUUUGGCCUUGAAAUUGGAACAAUAUUCUGUCACUGAACAUUCUUUACAAAUUAGUAUCAGAAUAACUUCGCAGAGCUGCAAAA